AUGAUAAUUUUAAAGCUAACAGGGGCUGGAUUUGUUCGAAAUAGGCAUAGUCUGCGCGCUUUAAAAGUAUGCGGCGAAAUACUAUCCAAUGAUCAAAAUGUCGUCAAUCCUUUCUUGACUACAUUUAAAGAGAAGGUAAGACGACAAUUAAAUCUUGUGGCUAAUCAAAUAUACAACGCAGACGAAUCGGCCCUCUACUGGAAAAAGUUGCCAGAAAAAACGCUGGUUAGUUCUCAAGAGAAGUCCGCACAUGGUCGAAAAAUAAGCAAAGAACGGGUAACAUUUUUAGCUUGUUGCAAUGCAGAUGGGUCACAUAAACUGAAGAUGCUAAUGAUUGGAAAGGCAAUAAAUCCACGAGCAUUUAAAAACGCAGACAUUCCCGUAGAAUACAAAUCCCCUGCUAAUGCAUGGAUUACUACAAAGAUUUUUACAGAUUGGUUUCAUCAAUCAUUUAUACCUCAGACUAGAAGGCAUUUAAGAAGUCAUAAUUUGUCUGAAAAAGCGCUGUUAAUCAUGGUAAAUGCCUCAAGUCAUGGAACUGUAGAAGAGCUAACUAGUGAAGAUGGAAGAAUUACAACAUUAUUACUCCCACCAAAUUGUACAGCACUCAUGCAGCCUAUGGAUCAAAAUGCAAUCAGACUAAUAAAAUUAUUUUACCGAAAAAGCCUUUUAGCCCACAUUUUAUCAAAUAACGAACGUUGUUACGUUGGUAAAAACUCUUAA